AUGUCCCAAUACAAUUUCAACUUCGACUACUCCGAGCAAGCAUCCCUGGUCAAUGUCAACGGCUUCCCUGGCAAUUCAAUGGUCGACACGGACGUUUGGUUCAACGAACCAUAUGCCACCUCGUCGACGACCUCGUGGGACGAAGAACAGCGUCCGUUGUUCGUCGAGCAGACCGACGCGAGCUUCACCCUGUCGACUUCGGGAUCGGCAUCACCGAACGGCAGCCUAUCCAUGACGCCUUUCCUGGACCCACAGCUCCUCAACGCUGUGGCAUCCAGUUCUUCCAAGCCCGCCCGCGCCAAUCAUCGGUUUACUCCUUACCCCGCCUCAAACCCUGCCCGCCCCCGCCAUACGUCCCUCUCUCCCCCGUCGCAUCAGGUUCAGAACGACGGUUUCUUCGCGGCAGGGCAGGCGCAGCCCGGUCCACUGAAUGGCGCAUACUCAUUCCCCGGUCAACCGUCGCUCCCUCCCCAACACUGCGAAGCCCCCUCUGCGACGUAUCCUCCUAUGGAGUACUGGACAGCUUCAUCGACGGCAGGCAUGGCACAGCAGUGGGAUGCGCGCACCGAGUACGUUUUGGGUUGGGCCGAUUCCCUUCCCAAUAAUUAUGCACAACAUACCACCGGUCCUGAGUGCAUUCCAGACGGGUUUCAGUACAUUCCAGACGUGUCUGCCACCGGUUUCACCAUCCCCCUGUCGUAUCCAUACGAUGCCACCCCGGGCCCGUCACAACCCUACCACCCCUACCUCCAACAACCGCCGAGUCUUGGUCCGCCACCCCCAGCUCACAACAUUCAUGCGACUGACCCAGGCCCGUCACGGCGUCGAAGGAAUCACUCCUCGGGCAUGCGAUUGAUUCCCGGUGGGAUGCCACAACCUUCCGCGUAUCCCAUCUCAUCUCUCCCCGCACCUCCUCUCACGCACGCCCACGCCCAGUAUCCCACAGCUUCUCCUCCGUCGGACUUGACACCUCCCGAGCCUCGCCAUCCUCAACCCACCAGAUCACGGAAAAGGCGAGCACCAGCGGAAGACGAGGAAGAGAAACCAAAAGCCAAGAGGAGGAAGUCGGGGCCCUCACAUGCAGAGCAAAGCUCUGCAACAUCCCAGGUUGGUUGUACCCCUGCGGGGGUCCAAUCACCAUCAACGAUUACAUUUGACACAGAAGAGCCAGAGGACGACCUCCAGUCCCUGGCUGCGCCAAACCAUGUAACCCAUGGGGCGGCUGGACCGCCAGAGGCCUCCACUGGCUUUACACCCCAGCGAACGCCGGAAGGUCGCUAUCUCUGCUUGGUCCCCGGUUGUCGGAAAACAUGCACGACCCUAGACGACGUGAAGAGACAUGUCGGCACCGUUCAAGCCCAUGCCAGCUUCCGGGAGUUGGACGGAUGGGACGCAUUCAAGCUGAAGUAUGAAAUCAAGGAAAGGCAUCUGAACGGCUCCUGCCCAAUUUGCGGGGUUGUCAAGCGACGAGACACCUCGGGGCGGCACGAGGAAUCCAAAAUUCACCUCCGAAACCUGAAGCGCGCUGCUGAUCGGAAGGGCCAGUCAAACGGAGAAUGCUUGCUUACGAAUGGUCCCAAGGCCUCGUCGUCCAAAGCUCCUGUGGGCGUCGAUCUCGGGAAACGUACACGGAAGAGUGAGAACAGCACCAGCAAAGCGCCUCCAUCGACCAAAGGACGCACUAGGACGCACCAGCUCUGA